AUGGCAGUUCUUACGGUUGCCUCCAAGGCAAACCAUUCCCUCUUACUCCCUGCGCUAUUAGCUGCUGAGUACGUUAGCCUGACAGAUACCAAUACCCCAAUAUCUACCGUGCUUGAGACGGUAGAGUCCGUAGGUCCAGCAAAAGAAUACCUUAAACUAUCCACGCAAGAUGGAGUAUUGAUCUACGACCAAGAUGUCUACGGUUACCUACGAGAAAAUUUUCCAACUGCCCAGGUACUGGAAUGGAUCACUCGGUCUCUAGAUUUGUCACCAGUCAAUUUCAAAUCCGUAGAGCAACCGCUCAGAGAACUCGAGAAUCAUCUUUCCCUGAGAUCAUUUAUUAUUGGAUACUCGCUUACCCUCGCGGAUAUUACCGUGUGGGGGGCUAUACGUGGAAACAAGGUGUCAAUGUCCACCAUAAAACAACAAAGCGGAAAUAUACUGAGAUGGUUUACUUUAAUUGAGUCUUUAAAUCCCUGGAUGAGCCGAGUUGCAUUUGAUCUUGAAGCCCCUGCCCGUGAGAAACGAGUUGCUAUGAGCGCUGCUGGCGCCAGCUAUGAUAUCGGCCUGGAUACCCAGAGAAUUGUUACUCGAUUUCCACCAGAGCCUUCUGGGUAUCUACACAUUGGCCAUGCAAAGGCUGCUUUGCUUAAUGAUUACUUUGCCCAUAAGCAACCAGGGGGUACACUUAUAUGUCGAUUUGAUGAUACAAACCCCUCAAAGGAAACUUCGGAGUUUCAGGAUGCAAUUCUGCAUGACCUCCAGCUACUUGGGAUUACUCCCGAUAAAGUUUCUUUCUCUAGUAACUACUUUGGCCAAAUGUUUGAACUAUGUGUGAAGCUAGUUUCUGAGGGCAAAGCAUACGCAGAUAAUACCGACAAAGAAGUGAUGAAUCAAGAGAGGCGUGAUGGUGUUGCGAGUAAAUGCCGCGAACUUACUGUUAAGGAGAGUCUCUAUUACCUCACACAAAUGAAACUCGACACCCCGGAAGGGCGAGGAUGGUGCAUUAGAGCGAAGAUCUCAGUGGAUGAUCCUAACAAGGCAAUGCGGGAUCCAGUUAUAUAUCGAUAUAACUCUCAGCCACACCAUAGAACUGGAAAUACUUGGAAAAUAUACCCUACUUAUGACUUCUGCGCGCCGAUUCUGGAUUCCAUUGAAGGCAUUACAUAUGCUCUUCGGACGAAUGAGUAUAGAGACAGAAAUCCUCAAUAUACGUGGAUUCAGCAGGCUUUAGGCCUUCGCGAAGUCAUGAUCUGGGAUUUUUCUAGGAUGAACUUUGUGCGUACUGUUCUGUCGAAAAGGAAACUUGCGCUACUGGUUGAGAAAGGUGCAGUUUGGGGCUGGGAUGACCCAAGGAUGCCUACUAUUCGUGGUAUUAGGAGAAGGGGGAUGACUAUUCCUGCCUUGCGUGAAUUUAUUCUUAAGCAAGGACCUAGCAGGAAUAUCAUCAACCUUGAUUGGACGUCGAUAUGGGCUGCCAAUAAGAAGAUUAUUGACCCGAUUGCUCCCCGGUUUACUGCCAUCUUGAAGGAAAAUAUAGUGUUUACAACGGUUUCCGGUGCUAUGGAAGAAACUUUAGUGGAGCAGAGACGGAAACAUCCAAAGAACCCUGAUCUUGGAACGAAGAGUGUCGUCUAUAGUAGUAAAAUCUAUCUUGAGCAGGAAGAUGCGCAGUCCUUUUCGCUCAAUGAAGAGAUUACGCUGAUGAACUGGGGAAAUGCAGUUGUCCGCCAAGUUACUCGUAAUGAGAUGAAGAAAAUCUCGCAUAUCGAGCUGGAGCUUCACUUAGCUGGUGAUGUGAAGAAGACGAGCAAAAAGAUAACCUGGCUUUCUCAAGACCAAGGUCUCGUCCCUGUGGAAUUGGUUGAUUUCGACUCUAUCAUUACGAAAGAUAAGCUGGAGAAGGACGAUGACAUAUCACCGUUUAUCAACUGGAAUUCCGAGUUUCGCUCCUAUGUCUGGGCCGAUUUCAAUACUGGUGAACUUCGGGAAGACGAUAUCAUCCAAUUUGAACGAAAGGGUUACUAUCGGGUCGACCGCCCGUUUUCUGGGGGACGGUCCGCCACUUUUUUCUCCGUUCCUACCGGCAAGACACUCUGA